ACCCUAUUAACCGGAAAACAUUCCAGUUAUUUGCUUGUCCGUCUGUUUCGCCAACCCAGCUCAGGCACACAAACACACACACAUAUAUAUAAAUAAACACGAAAUGUGUGUGUAUUUAUCGUUCAUUGUCUUGAAGAAGACACGACAAGGACGAGGUCGUCGUAAUGGCUUCCAGUACCGCCAUUACCCGAGACGAUAGCUCCGACGAUGGGCUGAGGAAGCCAUUACUGCACACCGGAAGCUGGUACCGGAUGGGGUCUAGACAAUCGAGCAUUAUGGGCUCCUCCGCCCAAAUCAUCCGCGACAGCUCCGUCUCCGUCCUCUUCUGCGUCCUCGUCGUCGCCUUGGGCCCUAUCCAGUUCGGCUUCACCUGUGGUUAUUCGUCUCCUACGCAAUCUGGAAUCAUCAAAGAUCUUGGACUUUCCAUCAAAGAGUUCUCGAUAUUUGGAUCUUUAAUGAAUGUGGGCGCGAUGGUUGGUGCAAUUGCCAGUGGGCAGAUUGCAGAGCACAUUGGGCGAAAAGGGUCCUUAAUGAUUGCUUCAAUCCCUAACAUAAUAGGCUGGCUCAUCAUUUCAUUUGCUAAAGAUUCGGCAUUUCUCUGUAUGGGAAGGCUGUUGGAAGGGUUUGGUGUGGGCAUAAUUUCUUACACGGUGCCUGUAUAUAUAGCUGAGAUAGCACCUCAAAACAUGAGAGGCAGCCUUGGAUCCGUCAACCAGCUAGCGGUUAUGAUUGGAUUAAUGCUAGCGUAUUUGCUGGGGAUUUUCCUUAACUGGAGAGUGCUAGCUGUUUUAGGAAUUUUGCCGUGCACAGUGUUGAUACCUGGUCUAUUUUUCAUACCAGAAUCUCCUCGUUGGUUGGCUAAAAUGGGAAUGACAGAAGAUUUUGAAGCCUCUUUGCAACUUUUAAGGGGAUAUGAUACGGACAUUUCCACUGAAGUGAAUGAGAUCAAGAGAUCUGUGGCAUCAGCAAGAAAAAAAGCUACCAUUCGGUUUUCUGAUCUUAAGAGAAAAAGAUAUUGGUAUCCCUUGAUGGUAGGAAUUGGAUUACUCUUCCUCCAACAACUCAGUGGUAUCAAUGCUGUUUUAUUCUAUUCCAGCAACAUUUUUGAAUCUGCUGGAGUUUCAUCUAGUAAUGCUGCAACAUUUGGACUCGGGGCUAUUCAGGUUAUUGUCACUGGAGUUACUACGUGGUUGAUGGACAAAGCUGGUCGCAGGAUUCUUCUUAUAGUGUCUUCAUCCAUAAUGACUGGUAGUUUCCUCCUUGUUGCAGUUGCAUUUUAUUUAGAGGGUUUUGUCUCUGAAAGUUCUCAUGGCAUUUUGGGAAUACUGUCACUUGUUGGACUUGUGGCUCUUGUGAUUGCCUAUGCUUUGGGAAUGGGAGGUAUUCCUUGGAUUAUAAUGUCUGAGAUACUUCCGGUCGAUAUCAAAAGCCUUGCUGGCAGCACAGCAACAUUGGUAAAUUGGCUAACAUCAUGGAUUGUUACAAUGACAGCGAACUUACUUUUGCACUGGAGCAGUGGAGGGACCUUCACCAUUUACACCGUAGUUACAGCCUUUACUAUUGUAUUUGUGACACUAUGGGUCCCUGAAACCAAAGGAAGAACUCUAGAGGAAAUCCAGUGGUCCUUCAGAUGACGUUGUUGAAUAACAUAUAUAUCACUAUCUAGCUUUCAA